CUGAUCACUGCUCGUUAAUUCACUGAUCAGAGUGACUGUUCGAUCAUGUUUCACCCGCCGGUGUUUAAACACAGGCGCACUCUUCUGGAGCGGGCAGAGAAGUUUAUUUCUGACGUGUAUUUCACCGACUGUAAUCUCAGGGGAAGACUCUAUGGAGAAUCGUGUCCUCUUGAGUCUCUGUCAGUGUUUCAGACUGCUAAACGUAUCCCAUACGCCGAGGCAGUUCAGCAAAACUUUCAGCCUUGUAAAGUUGGCGAUACUUUUGGACCCACGUGGUGGACUUGCUGGUUCAAACUUGCCCUAAAAAUUCCAGAAGAGUGGAAAGGGAAGCAGGUUCAUCUGAGAUGGGAGAGCGAUGGAGAGGGAAUGGUGUGGCGGGACCAAGAACCAGUCCAGGGUUUGACCAAAGAAGGUGAAAAGACGAGCUACAUUUUGACUGAGUGUCUAAAACAGGAUGAACCCCACAGCAUGACCCUGUAUGUUGAAUUAGCAUGCAAUGGAUUGUUCGGGGCUGGACAGGGUUCCAUGAUAGCUGCUCCUGACCUAAACAGAAAGUACAGUCUUCAUAAGGCUGAGAUUGUUGUUUUUAAUCAAGAUGUGCAGGACCUUCUCACUGACUUUGAGAUGCUUGUGGACAUUGUUAAGGUGCUUGGUGAAGGUGACCAACGUGGAUAUCAGGCUUUGUUUACAGCAAAUGAGAUGGUCAAUUUGUGUGACCCAGAUGAUCCCAAGUCUUUCUCUUCAGCCCGCAACCUAGCUCAAAUAUUCUUCAACCAGAAAAAUGGACAAAGCCAACACAUCAUGCAUGCCAUGGGCCAUUGUCACAUUGACACAGCCUGGCUGUGGCCAUAUGAAGAAACCAUCAGAAAAUGUGCACGCAGCUGGAUCACAGCAGUCCGCUUGAUGGAAAAGAACCCACAGUUUAUCUUUACAUGCUCCCAGGCACAGCAGUUUCUGUGGGUGAAGGACUGGUAUCCAGGUCUGUUCUCCCAGAUCCAGCACUUUGUGAAGAAAGGGCAGUUUGUUCCAGUUGGAGGCACAUGGGUGGAGAUGGAUGGCAACUUGCCCUCCGGAGAGUCUAUGGUCAGGCAGUUUUUAGAAGGCCAGAACUUCUUUAAAGCAGAAUUUGGACAAUACUGCAAAGAGUUCUGGUUACCUGAUACAUUUGGCUACUCUGCGCAGCUCCCGCAGAUAAUGCAAGGCUGUGGUAUCACCCGCUUUCUCACACAGAAGUUAAGCUGGAACCUUAUCAACACCUUUCCUCACAACACUUUCUUUUGGGAGGGCAUUGAUGGAUCCAAAGUGUUAACACACUUCCCACCUGGAAACAGCUAUGGGAUGAUGGCUAAAGUUGAGGAUUUAAUCCAAACCGUCAGGAACAACAAAGACAAGGGGCGGGCAAAUCACAGCGCAAUGCUGUUUGGUUUUGGGGAUGGAGGUGGAGGACCUACCCAGGUCAUGCUGGACCGCUUAAAACGCGUACAGGAUUCUGAUGGUCUACCGAGGGUUCAAAUGUCCAGUCCAGAUCGUCUCUUCUCUGAACUUCAGGCUGACUCUGGCCUCCUGUGUACCUGGUCUGGUGAGCUCUUCCUCGAGCUGCACAACGGCACGUACACUACUCAGGCAAAGAUAAAGCUGGGAAAUCGUCAAUGUGAGGCCCUACUGCAUGAUAUUGAGGUGGCCAACUGCUUGGCACUCAGUAAAAGCCCUGAAUUCUUAUAUCCAACAAAGGAGCUUCAGAAGUUAUGGAGGCUUCUUCUGCUCAACCAAUUUCAUGAUGUCAUUCCUGGCAGUUGCAUUGAGAUGGUGGUACAAGAUGCAAUAAAUUAUUAUACUGAAAUUCAAAAGACUGGUUCCAGACUUCUGCUUGCUGCCUGUGAUGUGCUAAGGGUUAGUCCCCAGUUUGGAGCAGGCUCUAGGACAGGAGUUCUCAACACACUCUCUUGGGAGCGCUCUGAAGUCGUAGAAUUGCCAGAAGAGGGUGCUCAGAGAAAGCUAGCCUUGGUCACAGCCCCAAGUGUUGGAGUAGCUCCGGUCAAAGAGUCUGCUGAGUCUGCGCCUGUAGUGACGGUAACAGUGCAGCCUGAUGGCACCGUCAGAAUGGACAAUGGCAUUUUGAAAGUCAUCUUGGACAAAAUGGGCCGAUUAAUAUCUCUGAUUCAUGUGGAGACAAGCAGAGAGGCCAUAUCUGAGGGCUGUCUUGGAAAUCAGUUUGUAUUGUUUGAUGACAUUCCUUUAUACUGGGAUGCAUGGGAUGUGAUGGACUACCACCUUCAGACCAGAAAGCCUGUUGUGGAUGUGACUCAUCUUGUUGAAGUGGUGAGUGCUGGGGGACUGCGAGGAAGUGUGACCUUCUCCCUGCGCAUUAGCGGGAAAAGCAGCAUCACACAGGAAGUCAUACUGGAUGCUGACUGUCCUUACCUCAAGUUCAGUACGCAGGUGGACUGGGCAGAGGCACAUAAGUUCCUUAAGGUGGAGUUUCCUGUGCAGGUUCGCAGUUACGAUGCCACCUAUGAGAUUCAGUUUGGUCAUCUGCAGAGACCUACACACAGAAACACAUCCUGGGACUGGGCUCGCUUUGAGGUGUGGGGACAUAAAUGGGCUGAUCUCUCAGAAUAUGGCUUUGGCGUUGCUCUUCUGAAUGACUGCAAAUACGGGCACUCUGUUCACCAGAAUAUCAUGACCUUAUCAUUACUGAGAGCACCGAAAGCACCUGAUGCCAAUGCAGACAUGGGACAUCAUAAAUUUACUUACGCUAUCAUGCCACACAAAGGCACUUUUCAGGAUGCAUCAGUCACACAACACGCCUAUAACCUCAACUUUCCUCUUCGUCUGAUUCCUGAUGUCAACAUCUCCAGUCCUUGGAGUGCAUUUAGUAUAAGCUCAACAGCUAUCAUCCUGAAAACUAUUAAACAGGCUGAGGAAAGGAAGAACGUCCUUGUUGUCCGUCUGUAUGAAUCUCACGGAAGCAGUGUGGCUGCAGUUCUGUCCACGUCACUCCCAGUGAAAGAGGCUUGGCAUUGUGACCUGCUGGAGCGUCCGGGUUGUCCUGCUACACUCACUGACUCUGGAAUUCCCCUCACCUUUAAACCAUUUCAGAUCAUCUCACUCCUAUUGCAACUACACUAAGUUAAACCAGUCACACAUAAGCUUGGAUAAUUAUAUUUGGUGUAAAGAACUUUUUAAAUAAAUUGUAUUAAAGUUUUCAUGAAAUUAUAAGAAAAGCCUAAAGUGAUAGUCAGAUGUUAAUUUGUAACAUUCUGUUCAUUUUAUUUACUUACAUGUUACAGUGUAGACAUUAGUUGUCAAGUUAACAAAAUACAUAAAAUACUGCCAGUCAAACAUUAAGGUUUUAAAUAUAAUUAAUGAAUCAAUGAAUAUUUUUGUUACAUUACAUCCUAGAAUGAAAAAUGUAUUUUUAAUUCAGAUUUUAUUAACCAGACCUCACAUAAUGAAAAAAUACCUUAAUAAUCAGGAACAAAAUGAAAAGCCCUCUUUGCUGUGAAACCCCUAAAUAAGAUCUGGUUCACCCAAUUAACUUCUGAAGUCAGAUAAUUAGUUGAUUAUGGUCCACCUGUGUGCCAUCAAAGUGUCACAUAUGUCACAUGGUGUUACUGUAUAUUCCCCCUUUUUGAAAGGCCCAUGCGUCUGUACUGCCACUAAGGCCAUGUUCACAGGUAGCUGGGUAUUUUUUAAAAAAGAGAUUUUUCUUCUUCGUUUUUAAAAACAAUUCUGUCCACAAGACCUAUAGUUUAAAAAUAUGUUUGUCCACAUUUGAAAAUCUUCACUUUGGAUGGAGAUUUCCAAAAGCUCCGUUUUCAAUUACCAAAAUUGCGCUGUGUGGACAGAAGGCGGAAACCACAGAGAAAAAUUUGUUUUUAAAAAUACCCGGCUGUGUGUGGACAUGGCCUAAGUAAGCAGCAUGAAGACCAAAGUGCACCUCAAAGAAGUCAGAAACAAAGUUGUGAAGAAGUACAAGUCAGGUGGAUUAUAAAAACAUACCCAAGACACACCAAAGCACAGCACUAAAUCCAUUACAAUAAAAUUUAAAUAAUAUUGCAGUACUAAAAACCUGCCACAGAUAACGCUGAAGGAGCGACGCAGACAAAAUGAAAAGGAUGGAUGUAGAAUAAAUCAUGAGAAAAGGGGUAUUUUAGUCUACCUUUGAUUUGAGACUUACUUCUGAUCCCUUAAGUUUCUGCCUAGCCCAAAGCUGUUGUAGCAUGACUGUGCGCUGUAGUGUAUGCAUCACACUAUCAUAGAACAAUUAUGGACAAUAAUAUCCAUGCCAAUAGAGUUUUGAAAAUGUUUUUAUUGAGAUGAGAAACGGAUCAACAUGUUAAAAAUGCAAAAUAGCAUUAUCCAAAGCCAUAACUAAUGUGAAAGGUGUGCACGAAUAUGAUUUGUGUAUUAACCACAGCUUAACAAAGGCAGCUGCCCACCAAAUCUCACACGUAAUUGGGAGGCAGUCAUUUACAGGUUCACAUGAUCCUCCUGAUCCAACAGUCAUGCCUUUUUUAUAAUAAAGAAAAUGGUUCUUAAGCAUUUCUACUGCUCUUCUUGCGAGGUUUUCUGGCCUUGGCUUUAGUGUCACUUUUUGUUCUUAUACUUUUAGUUGUGGUUUGCUGUAGACCUGAAAAGAACCAGUGGUUUAAUUUCAAAUGGUGAGAAUACUGUGACCAAACUAAAUGGUCAUACAAAUAAAUCACGUCAGUUACCUGAUAAACUGCUCUGCCUGCGUGUAUUUGGUCUUCCAACGUCAUCAGCUGCUUCUAUUUUUAGUCCAGUUGUGCUAGCAUUCCGCUGUUUGUUGUUUCGUUUCUUAGGCACACUCUUCUCCAUUUUUACAAGCUUUUCCUGGAAAAUGCUCCAAGUUAAAGUCUGUCCCUCAUUAGCUACAAUGUGCACAGUUACUAACCUUGUAGUUGAUAAAUAAAGCUGGAUCUUACCUUCUUUGUA